GCUAGACACACACCGAGAGAGAGAGAGAGAGAGAGGCACACACAACACAUUGGAAGUCGGGGAGAAGGUUGGAACGGGAGCUGGGAGCUAUCAGGGGUUUCACGAAGAUGCCGUCCUCAGCGAGACGGAGAUGGAUCACAGAGCAGCCUCUGAGUUUUGGAACCUCGUGUGUGAGGAGAGGACUGUGCAGCAGGCAUCACUCUCUGUGGAUAUUGCUCAUCCUAUUUGUCAUCUGUAUUGCUGUUCAGACCUUUGUCGCCAGCCAGGCCAGGAGUGACAAGCUGACAGAACUCACACAUCUGAGAAUCACUGUCAACAAACACCACCUGUUUACUCUCUGGAAAAGCCUACAUUCUACAUCCUCAUUGGCUGUACAGCAGGAUGGCAGAUCACUGCAGACAGAAAGAACUUCAGAUCUUCAUCAUCACAAUGGAGAAUAUGGAAAGCGAUCAGAUGAUAUUCUGUUGAGACAUGUGGAUAAAAUCUUCAAUAUUGCUACAGGCUCUCAGACAGAAACAAUAAAAGUUUCCCCUGGAAAACGGCCUCUAGCAAAACUUGGAAAUGAGCCAAACCCUGAGCUUCCACGUUCUUUGGUCCUCCACCGUGCUAGGAAAGGUUUAACUGGCAGGACAGACAAUUUGCCUUGUCCAUCCAGUUUUUUGAAGGCCCACAUCAACAGUGCCCAUACCAGUUCAACCUGCCACCCAAAGUCUCAUAUUGUUUUCCUCAAGACACACAAAACAGCCAGCAGCACCAUCUUAAAUAUCCUGUAUCGCUAUGGUGAAAGCAAGAACUUGACCUUUGCCCUUCCUUUGAACAAACAAAGCCAGUUGUUUUACCCAUUCUCCUUUGAAUCACGUUUUGUGGAAGGUGUCAGCAGCAGAACUGUGAGGGAGUUUCACAUCAUGUGUAACCACAUGAGGUUUAACAAACCUGAGGUGGCUAAAGUGAUGCCUGAGAAUACUUUCUACUUUUCGAUCCUGAGGAAUCCUGUCAAUAUGAUGGAAUCUAUCUUUAUGUACUACAAGAGCAUCCCAGCCUUCAGCAAUGCGCACAACCUGGAUGAAUUCCUCGACAACGGCUGGAAAAACUACAACUCAUCAGUGUCCAACAACCACUACGCUCACAAUAUCCUGGCUUUUGACUUUGGCUUUGACAACAACAUUGCAGCUGAUGCUGAAGAUAUAGAGGAGAGAGCCAGCAUGGCUAUUGCAGCCAUUGAACGGGACUUCCACCUUAUUCUUAUUACUGAGUACUUUGAUGAGUCCAUGAUCUUGCUCAAACAUGCCCUCUGCUGGGCCCUGGAAGAUGUGGUAUCCUUUAAGCUUAACAGUCGCAGACAGCCAACUCAUCACCCACUUUUAGCAAACACUGCAGAAAAAAUCAAGAGGUGGAAUGCGUUAGACUGGAGGAUUUAUCUGCACUUUAACACCAGCUUCUGGCACAAAGUGAACAGUCUGGUUGGGCAAGAGCAGAUGAAGAGGGAAGUGUCUCAGCUGAGAGAGCUACAGGCCAAACUGGCAAACACCUGCUUGAAAGAUGGUGGGGCAGUUGACCCAUCCCAGAUUAAAGAUGCCAGGCUGAAGCCAUUCCAGUAUGGAAGCGCUGUCAUUCAGGGCUAUAACCUAAACCCACAUAUAGACAGACAAACCAAAACAAAAUGUCAGAGACUUAUAACUCCAGAACUGCAGUACACAGAACAUCUGUACACCCAGCAGUUCCCUGAGCUAGCUGCUAAGCACAUACAAGCAAUGAGGAACGCUGCUCCACAGCGUCAACACUCAGAGCGAACUGGUAUCAGGAGAAUGGCCUCAGCUAGGGAAGUCCAUCACAGACAGUUUAGAAGACACACAUUUUCAAACCUCAACCAAAAGGCCUCCUAGUGACCUGUUAACACAAAUGGAAGCUUACAACAAAACAAGUGUGCAAUGAGUGGUAAUUCUGACCAAUGUUCUACGUUCAUACAGCAAAGUAUGAACGCUUUUCUGUAAGUUACACUGUAUUAACUAAAUUGAAAAGCAGCUAAUGGUCUUCUGGAGAUAAUAGGGUCAAGCCACAAAAUGAUCACACAGACCAAACAAUGUACUGUUCUGCUGUUUU